AUGGCUCCAGCCAAUCCCCAAACUAAUGCUAGUGAAUGGUUCACUACAGCAAGUGUGCCUGGUACAUUUGCUGCCAAUAUCCAUGACUCUAGUGCUGUUGAAUAUGCUGCUACAGCAAGUGCAGCAGAUGCUUAUGCUAGCCUUGUGAAAGAUGGGUUAGAUUUCAAUAUUGAAGUGUUGACUCUCGGCCAAUCAGGAGCUGCGAUGGUUCCGUUCUGUGACCAGCCGGCGCUGAACCUGCCCAGCGUCGUUCACUUCACGGGCGAGUCGCGAAAGGUUCACUUGUACUUUGGAAGCCUUGUUCAGGUCGUGAGGAAGUUAAAGAUAGCUCCGAAAUGGAUGGUGACUGUGGUUAGAGGAAGUGAAUUAGUACCAUUAUCAACAAGGUAUUAA